CUCGGUACUCAGAUGGCCGGGGGGCAGUGCUGAGUUCAGACUGUUUGUGCAGCCCGAAGCGCUGGAAGCUGCCGCGAACGUUCGCUUCGGGUCACGGUUCCCGGAACUCACGGGAGGCUCAAGAGUUGCCGCUUCCCGCUAGUUCCUGCAGGUUCCUCCUCUGCCCCUGGUUUCUUCCCCGCGCCACCUCCGGACACCUCCCCGUCCCCCCCCCCCGCCCCCCUCAAGUCCCUGACACUCCCAGACUCAAACUAUGAGCCUUCUUCGGAAGCUGCUGUUGCGCUUGCCCGGUUAUCUUGGGGCGUCGGGUCCCCCGCGUCGCUUGUGGCGGUUCCCGCCCCUCGGUCCCGUCUCCUCGGUGGGCUCCGGGCGAGAGCGGCCGUCUAGGUCCCCGGCCCACUGGAACCAAGUGGUGUCAGAGGCGGAGAAGAUUGUGGGCUACCCCACGUCCUUCAUGAGCCUCCGCUGCCUGCUGAGCGACGAGCUCGGCAACAUCGCUAUGCAGGUGCGGAAGCUGGUGGGGACCCAGCACCCUCUGCUUACCACGGCCAGGGGGCUGGUACAUGAUAGCCGGCAAAACCUCCAGUUGAGGGGCUUGGUGGUGCUACUUAUUUCUAAAGCAGCUGGGCCCAGCAGCAUGAAUGCUUCAUGUCAGAACUAUGACAUGGUCAGUGGGAUCUAUUCAUGUCAAAGAAGUUUGGCAGAGAUCACAGAACUUAUCCAUACUGCUCUCCUCGUACAUCGUGGGAUAGUAAAUUUAAACGAAUUGCAAUCUUCUGAUGGACCACUGAAAGACAUGCAAUUUGGAAAUAAAAUAGCUAUCCUGAGUGGAGACUUUCUUCUAGCAAAUGCCUGCAACGGACUAGCUCUGCUACAAAAUACCAAGGUUGUGGAACUUUUAGCAAGCGCUCUUAUGGACUUGGUCCAAGGAGUAUACCAUGAAAAUUCUACUUCAGCAAAGGAAAAUCAUAUCACAGAAGAUAUUGGAAUAUCGACUUGGAAGGAGCAGACUUUUCUCUCCCAUGGUGCCUUAUUAGCAAAGAGCUGCCAAGCUGCCAUGGAAUUAGCAAAGCAUGAUGCUGACGUUCAGGAUAUGGCAUUUCAGUAUGGGAAGCACAUGGCCAUGAGUCAUAAGAUAAAUUCUGAUCUCCAGCCUUUCAUUAAAGAAAAGACAAGUGACUCCGUGACUUUUAAUCUAAACUCAGCUCCCGUGGUCUUACAUCAGGAGUUUCUUGGAAGAGAUUUGUGGAUGAAGCAGAUUGGAGAGGCUCAAGAGAAGGGAAGAUUAGACUAUGCUAAGCUGGAGCUGAGCGUAUGCCUGCAGUUGAGCCUACUGCUCCUCGAAACAAGCCUGCUGCUAAAAGACGGAGGCAGAUGGUAUUUUUACCACUUCAGGCAAAACAUGGCACCUAUGUUGCGAGAAACAAUCAAAGCUGGCAAAGGUGUGACUUCAGCUAUUGACCUGUGUCGUUACCAUGGAAACAAGGCACUGGAGGCCCUGGAGAGCUUUCCUCCCUCGGAGGCCAGAUCUGCUUUAGAAAACAUUGUGUUUGCUGUGACCAGAUUUUCGUGACACCAAAUUAAAAAGACACUAUUGUUCGUUAGCUGCAAAAACUGGGGAACGAGGUGAUUGAGAGAGAGAGAGAGAGAGAGAGAGAGAAAGAGAGCGAGCUUUCAUACUGAAAUAUCGGAAUGUGUUAAUGACUUUAAAAACCUAAUACAUUUUUUUUCCUUCCUCUUAUCACAUCGCUAAAAGAAUACUGCCUCCUUUUUGGAACUGCUACAAACAAAAUUAGAAGAAAAAAAAGGUCAAGCAGUUUUCACUUGUCACGCCAGAAGCACACUUGAGGCUGCAGUAGCAGAAAUAAUUAAUGAGAUUCGCUCCUGUGACCUCAGCAAAUGGACAGGAAAUAAGUCCUUAUUGAUUGGACCGAGCCAGGGAUGGCGCCAGGGCGGUGGCCUGUGGUUUUCCUUCUAGAGAGGACAGAGCAUGCUGGAAGCUGCAGGUGUCAAGAGGAACACAUCAGUGCCAGCCGGGGAGGACUGUCAAAUCAAAAACUAGUGACCAAUUUGUCAUAAUGGAGGGUACUUUUGAUGAUUACGGGAAAAAAUUGUGCUUUGUUUUGCAAUUAUGUCUGUAUUUAUAGGUACAGUAUGAAUAUACUUUGCGCUUCAUCGUUUUUUGUAAGAUUUUUUUUUUUAGGAAAAAUUGCUGAAAAAAUAAUGCCAAAUAUUUGAAGUAGGAGAUUAAAAUGUUAUCAAAUGUUAA